AUGUCAUCCUCCGCCACCGCCACUAUCUUUCUCCUAACACUGGUGGCGCUGAUCACCACCGCCACCAUCUCCGCUACUACCACUCCAAUCAUCGGACUAGACUCCUACCUAACAUCCCAAUCCCGAACCGAUCCACAAGCCACAACCGACUCCUUCCAAUCUCUCUCCACCGCAAUAAAAAAAUCUCUCUCCCAUCUCCCCUCCCUCUCACUCUCCCUCUCCCCAAUCCCAAUCGCUCUCACCAUUCACCUCAUCGGCGAUUUCCCCCCAAACACUCAAUCUCUCCUCUCCACCUUUCUCUCUCCUCUCCCUUCCCCCUUCCACGUCAUCACCCCUUUCUCUCCCCUCUCCCAUUCCCAUUCCCACCCUCUCUCUCUCCACCACACUCUCCACCUCCACGUCAGCACCUCCCAAACCCAAACCCUCUCCCAAUCCAUUUCUCAAACCCUAACCAACCUCUUCCAAACCACACCAACUCCACUCCGAACCUCGCUCCUCCCCUUCCCCCAUUCCUCCGUCGACAAAAUCAUCUCCAAACAUUUCAAUUCCAUCUCCCCCAAACCUGAAGGCUUUCAUCUUUACCUAAUCAACCUCCCCAAACCUAAAACCGAUCCUAUCUCAAACUCCGUUAAACCCUACGCUUACACCUACACCUCCACCGCAUCCGAUAACUCCUCCCCCGGUUUCACCAACUGCCUCGGAACGUUCUGGACUUCCUCCGAACGUUACUUCUGGAUCGAUCUCUCCGCCGGUCAUGUUGAUUACGGUCCGGCCGUCUCCGGGGACGGACUUAUUCCGAAAGGCGAGUUUCAUCCGUUUGCGACACUGCAUGGUGGACCGAAGUCGCAACGAGCUUUGGCGGCGGAUCUUGCUUCCCUUGUUUGGAGUGCUUAUCAGGUUUUUCUUGCUCCUAGUUUGAGAAUUCCUGUUCAUUUUGAGAAUAAGCUUGUUGUUCAGUUUAUUCAUGUUUAUUCCGGUGAGGAGAAGGAUAGGAAGGGGUUGGAUUGGAAAUUGAUUGAGGAAAGUUUUAGAGAUGAGAGUAAUGGGAAGAUUUUGUUAGGGGAGCAGAGUUUGAGUUUUAAGGUUUUUGAUGUUAAGUAUGAUGAGUGUCCGAUUUGUUCUUUUGCCGUUUCUAGGUCGACGAAUUCCUAUACUUCGAGGUUUUUGUUUGAUAAUUAUACUUUGAUUGUGAGUGAGUAUUUGGAUUCUAAGAGGUUGCAUCAGAUUUUGUCUGAUUCUGCGGAUGAGAUGAGGAAAAUUGGUGGGAUACCGGAGGAAGAUUUCGGGAGGGUUAUUCCGGUGUAUGUUUUUGACUUGGAUUAUACUUCAUUGUUGAUGUUGGAUCGGUAUCAUCAGAGUGUUGCUUUUAAGGAUAUGGUGAUUGCAGUUAGGACUAGGAAUACACAGACGGUGAGUGAUUAUAGCUGUAAUGGACGGCAUGUGUUUGUGCAUACGAGGGAACUUGAGAGGCCUAUUGUUGGAUCGGUUCUGCAGAGUAUGUGGGGGGUUUCGCCGACACAUUUGUCUUGGAGUCCUUUGCAUAAUAGUACUUUGGUAGAUUAUACUUGGAGUAUGGGGCAGACUCCGUUUGGGCCGUUCUCGGAGUUGUCGUCGUUGUCUUUUGUGCAAAAGGAUGCUGCAAGGAGAAAUAUUCUAUUGACAACGUUGAAUUACAGUAUAUCGAGUGCUUUUGAUGUUCUGGAGUCAUUAGAAUCGCAUGGCGGGGACAGGAAUAUGCUCAAGCAGAAGCAGCAUGAUGAGUUUGUUCAGAGAUGGAACCUUUUCAAGUACAAGCUUAACAAGGCGGUGUCUGCAAUGUCGCAUCUGGAUUACGAGAUGGCUCUGUUUUACGCGAGGUCUUCUGAUCAUGAUCUUUAUGCCAUUCACUCCAUCGUGUAUCAUGCCUCUCAAGAAAUUGAGGCAUCACUCACAUGCUUUAAGGAUCCUCCCUUUCCCUGGGUUUCAGUCUCAACUUCUGUCGCAGCCUUCAUUGCUCUUUCUUAUGUUUAUGCAAAACGGCAUAAAAUUUUCAGAAAUAAAACUAAGCAAUUUUGA